CGUAACGCGAUUUAUUGCAAACCAAUCCUUGAAAAUCAUUGAUUGCUUUGAUAUCCUUUGAGAUCCAGAGGAAGACAUUAUCCGCAGAAAUAUGUCCGGAGUCUUGAAAUUAGCGAUGAAUCGGACUUUCGCCACAAGAGUGUCAUCGAUGGCCAGUCAGAUGUCCCGGAGAUACGCGUCGGGAAUGCCUCUGACCUUCUCAUCACCCUAUCAGGUGUUUUACAACGCGGUGGACGUGAAGCAGGUGGAUGUGCCCUCUUUUAGUGGCAGUUUUGGUAUCCUUCCCAAUCACGUGCCAACACUGGCUGUCCUCAAACCCGGCGUCGUCUCUGUCUAUGAGAGCGAGGGAACCGUUAAGAAGUAUUUCGUGAGCAGUGGGACGGUUACCAUCAACGAGGACUCGUCGGUGCAGGUGUUGGCCGAAGAAGCGGUUCCGGUGGAGAACUUGGACAGCAAUGCCGCUCGUGAGGCACUGAAUCGGGCGCAACAGGCGUUGAGCUCAGCAUCUGGUGAUGUGGCCAAAGCUGAGGCACAGAUUGCCGUCGAAGUGAGCGAAGCCUUAGUCCAGGCCUCGCAAUGACCACAAGAAGGCACCGAUUGAUCGAUUGAUAGGUUUAUUAAUUAAUUGUUUUGAAAAUCUCGACAUCUCUUCACACAUUAGAUCAUUAUUGCUAUGAUUUAGAGAUUAUAUGAAUAGAUAGUGUAAAGACUUUUAAAAAUUAAAAUAUGCUUAAAUAAAAACUAAAUUAUAA